UUGGUGCCGGCGCUCCGCAGUGGGGGAGCGGCGGGCGCGGAGCCGGGGCCGGUCCCAGUCACAGUCCCAGUCCCUGUCCCAGCGGAGCCGCGGCGGGCGCGGGAAGCAGCGGGCGCAGCCAUGUCUGUGGUGGGCAUCGACCUCGGUUUCCUCAACUGCUACAUCGGCGUGGCGCGGAGCGGGGGCAUCGAGACCAUCGCCAACGAGUACAGCGACCGCUGCACCCCAGCAUGUAUAUCUUUAGGAUCCAAGACCCGAGCCAUUGGGAAUGCAGCCAAGAGCCAGAUCGUCACAAACGUAAAAAAUGCAAUACAUGGUUUCAAAAAACUGCAUGGAAGAGCAUUUGAAGAUCCUUACAUACAAGCCGAGAGGGCCAAACUUCCCUAUGAACUUCAGAAGAUGCCUAAUGGCUCUGUAGGAGUAAAGGUGAGAUACCUUGAUGAAGAAAGACUUUUUGCGGUUGAACAGAUUACAGGAAUGUUACUGGCUAAAUUGAAAGAGACUUCAGAAAGUGCUUUGAAGAAACCAGUGGCAGAUUGUGUGAUUUCGGUCCCUAGUUUCUUCACUGAUGCUGAAAGGAGGUCUGUAAUGGCAGCUGCACAGAUUGCAGGAUUAAAUUGUCUGAAGCUGAUGAAUGAAACUACAGCAGUUGCAUUAGCCUAUGGAAUAUACAAGCAAGAUCUGCCAGCCUUGGAAGAGAAGCCAAGAAAUGUGGUCUUUGUAGAUAUGGGACAUUCUGCAUAUCAGGUUUCCAUCUGUGCUUUUAACAAGGGAAAACUGAAGGUCUUGGCUACUACCUUUGACCCUUUUGUAGGUGGUAGGAAUUUUGAUGAGGCUUUGGUAGACUACUUCUCUGAAGAAUUCAGGACAAAAUACAAACUGAAUGUAAAAGAGAAUCCCCGAGCACUGUUGAGAUUGUAUCAGGAAUGUGAAAAGCUCAAGAAGCUGAUGAGUGCAAAUGCUUCUGACCUUCCACUCAAUAUUGAGUGCUUCAUGAAUGACCUUGAUGUCUCCAGUAAGAUGAACAGAGCUCAGUUUGAGCAGUUGUGUGCUGCCCUUCUGGCCAGAGUGGAGCCUCCUCUAAGAGCAGCCAUGGAUCAAGCAAAACUUCAGCGUGAAGAUAUCUACAGUAUAGAAAUAGUAGGUGGGGCUACUAGAAUUCCAGCAGUGAAGGAACAGAUCUCUAACUUUUUCUGUAAAGAGAUAAGCACCACGCUAAAUGCUGAUGAAGCUGUUGCAAGAGGCUGUGCCUUGCAGUGUGCAAUUCUUUCCCCAGCUUUCAAAGUGCGUGAGUUUUCCAUCACAGAUGUUGUUCCUUACUCUAUAACGUUGAGAUGGAAAUCAUCUUAUGAAGAAGGAACAGGGGAGUGUGAAGUCUUCAGUAAGAACCAUGCUGCUCCGUUCUCAAAAGUAAUUACUUUUCACAAGAAAGAGCCUUUUGAUCUGGAAGCUUAUUAUACCCAUCCACAUGAAGUGCCUUAUCCUGAUUCCAGAAUAGGGCGUUUCACUAUUCAAAAUGUUGGUCCCCAACACGAUGGCGACAAUUCCAAAGUGAAGGUGAAAGUGCGCGUCAACAUCCACGGCCUUUUCAGCGUGGCUAGUGCUUCCAUAAUAGAGAAGCAGAGCAUAGAGGGGGAUCACAACGACACUCCCAUGGACACCGAGUCAUCCACUAAGAACCAAGGCAGAGAUGAAGAGCUGGAUAAAAUGCAGGUUGAUCAAGAAGAAGGUGUGCAAAAAGGUCAAGCUGAACAACAGAACCAAGCAGAUGAGGAAACUGAAAAUGCUGGAACUGAAACAAAGGCUUCUUCUGGAGAAAAGCAAGAUCAUCCAUCCCAGCCAAAGGCUAAAACAAAAGUUAAGAGUAUUGACCUCCCUAUACAGGCCAGCCUGUAUCGGCAACUGGGACAAGAUCUGAUCAAUUCCUACAUAGAAAAUGAGGGGAAGAUGAUGAUGCAAGACAAGCUUGAGAAAGAAAGAAACGAUGCUAAGAAUGCUGUUGAAGAAUAUGUGUAUGAAUUCAGAGACAAGCUGUGUGGAGUCUUUGAAAAAUUUAUCACUGAAGAGGAUUCAAGCAAGCUGACCUUGAUGUUGGAGGACACUGAAAACUGGCUUUAUGAAGAUGGAGAGGACCAGCCAAAACAAGUAUACAUGGAUAAGCUUCAGGAAUUAAAAAAAUUUGGACAGCCUAUUCAGGAAAGAUGCAUGGAACAUGAAGAGAGACCAAAAGUUCUAAAUGAACUGGGAAAGAAGAUUCAGCUCCUUAUGAAAGCAGUAGAAGCAUACAAAAAUAAGGAUGAAAAAUAUGAUCACCUAGAUCCUGCUGAGAUGGAAAAAGUUGAAAAAUACAUCAAUGAGGCUAUGAAUUGGUUGAACAGCAAAAUGAAUGCCCAGAACAAACUAAGUCUAACUCAGGAUCCAGUUGUGAAAGUGGCAGAAAUACUGGCAAAAUCUAAGGAAUUGGAUAGCUUCUGUAAUCCCAUUAUAUACAAGCCCAAACCGAAGAUAGAACCUCCCAGUGAUGGGCAGUCAAAAGCUAACGGGGAACACAACGGACCAGUGAACGGACAGAGCGGUACUGAAACCAAACCUGAACCAGCGAAGGACAACCCUCAGCAGACCAAACCCCCCGGAGAAAUGGAAGUGGACUAAAUCUUGCCUUUCUUUUACUCAAUUAAAAUAGUGCAAGUAACCACAGGGUCCAUUCUUUUUGUCUGGUACACACCUCAGAUGUUCAGUUAUUCUUAGCCAAACUUCUGUCAUUUGUUGAUGAGUAGUUUUGAAAGUGUUUUAUAUUAAGUACACCUCUGAUGUUCAUUUCCACUGAUGCUGCUUAUGUGGAGCUUUAGCCAAAUGUAGAUUGUAUAAGUCAGUUUAAGCUUUCCCAAUAUAUUUUAUAUCAAACAUACAGAAUUGAUAUAUAAAUGGCAACAAUCUACCUUAUUUAAAGCUUUUAUUGUGAAUAAACCUCAGCUCCUUUAUUCAGGAAAGGAUACUGUAUUGCACUACUGAUGCUCAAGUGUAGAUCUAAUCGCAUCUUUAUUUUGGAAAAAUAUUGGAAUUGAAGUGGCAAAAGCUGUCACUUGAAGCACUGACCUUUUCUAGUUAUUGUAUUGUUAUAAUUUAAAUAUUAAAAUAGAGGUUAGUUGGCAUACCAGUCCAUCUUGUUGAUGUACCAUGGGAAUUGUACGGUCUUUUUCAUAUAAACGGAAUAAUACAAGCUUAAAUGUGUUUCUUUUUUUAGGUUCCCACACCACUACCAAUCUGAGUUACAAACAGCUCCAGUAUAGUGGCUCUGCCAUGUGCUGAAAUUCAUGGUCUUGGUGCACACCACUGUACAUAACGUACUGUGCUUGUGAUAGGAUGAUGCUGAUGACAGUAGGAUGAAAGGGUAGAACGCACAAGGCCUGCUGCAUAGCUGUCCUUGAAAAUGUCUGACUGCACAUGUUACUAUUUUCACUUCUUUUGUUUUGAAUUCAAUUUACAUCGUAUCUCAUACUGGGAAGGAGAACCAGCAGCAGUGGGUGCUGCACGAGCUGGAUAUCAGCACCCUGAUUUUGAGGUUGCUUAAAUGAUGUUUAGUGCAGCCUUGAAAGAAAUGCUGAGAACUUAUUUAAGCCUUGGUGUUCAGCAUGUAAAGCUUUUGGUCAAGGAUCAAAACUAAGACUGGAUAUUACUACUGCAAAGAUGGAAUCUACUUGAUGAACUUGUGUAGCUUACCGUUUUUGGUCAUUGAGUUAUCUAAUGAAAGUGUCUACAACGGAUUGCACAGUGGGAUUGCUGUUUUCCUUGAUACAUCUUAAACACUGUCAAGGUCCAGUGGAUGUUCUGUAUUCCAAAUGCUUCCGUCUGUCACCAAGGUACUGUAGCACUUGCUAGAGCCAGUCACUGUUGACUUCAAACAGCUCCUCUAUUACCAGAAUGGGAAUGGGCUACUCUAACUAUGAGAAGUGGUUUCUUACUCCAGUCAGCAUAAGAAACUGGGAUUAGUUGCAGUGUAACGCGUCAGUGACUUGAACUGUGGUGCACAAACAAAUUUAGGUGUGUUCAGGUGUUAACCGGGCAUUUCUGCAGCUCUUCUCCUGUGUGAGGUGUUGCUAUUCUAAACAGGUGAAGAAUCAAGAUCUUGUUUCUGGCUUUGGCUGCGAUUUUAUCUCCAGCCAUGCCCUUCAUCUUCCAUCACUGUUCAUGCUACAAAAAGUAAUCCAUGACCAGUGGUAGAGGUAAAUUAAACUCUUACAUAUCUUCACAGAAAAAGGAAGCACCAUUUACAACUGUACAUAAACCUGCCAGACUAGUUCAGGUUCUUGAAUUGCAUCUUCAUUACUGACAUCAAGUGACUGAGCUUUGCUCUACUGACUGUUGCUCCUCUAUGUACUCAAGUGUGGAUAGGCUGACACCAUAAGUUUACAUAUUUAAAGUCCUUGAACAAAAACAGCGUGAUCUUGAAGAGCUGCUCUGCAGCCACUCUGAAACCUCAGUCUUGAAUUCUGCCGCUGCAGUCACACCUCUGGCUCUGAGGGGGUGACUCUACUUCACCAUCAGUUUGAGCUAGCUUUGAUCCUGUAGGCUUUUACCACCAUUAAUAUCUUAAUGGCUUUUACCACAGCAGUGUAAUGAGUAGCAUUAUUAAAUAUUGGCUUAAAAUCCAUCUACACGUUAAUUUGUCUAGUAGACUUCCUGAUGCCUGGCAGAAGAGCUCACACAGCAGAAAUCUCCAGUAAGUUCUUCAAUAGCUGAAAGGUCAUGUGCAUCUUCUGCUCAUGGUUAUCAGAAGCUUAAUACUACAUUACGAAUGUUUGAAGCAAUUCUUAAGAUAAAGUCUAGAAUAAUCCUACAGCAUGCUUAAAAGCAGAUACAGUUCAGACAAACAAUUGUAACCUUUUCUUACUAGGAUAGGGUUUUUUUGCUGUGCAUCUGGUCUGUCUCGAGAUCCUUGGUGAAGAGGAAUGCUGCCCACAGACUGCCAGCAGCAACUGGUUGCUGAGGUACACAUUAGGAAUCCCUUUGAGAAGGGCAGAGUUGUUCUUUCCACGGUGAGCUUCACAUUAAAACAUGAUUUGUUAAUAUGUAAUCUGUUUUCGGUUACAAAGAGGAGAUUUUACCAAGGCAGAUCGAAGACUCUUAAGUACUUACAUAAGCUAUGCACAACUUGAAUGGGAGGCUUUGUGUGUCGGACUCAAAAAGUGAGUUACCCUGUGGCUACACUGACAGCACUUACCUUUGCAACAUAAAAAUUUGUUAGGAAACCAAAAGUAGUGUGCUCCUCUGCAUCUUGGAUUUAAAAGUAUUUGUCAAUAAUGUAUUAUUUGAAACUUUCUGUUGAGGGCAAGAUACAUUUUGAAUGUUUGAAAAUGUUCCCUUAAACAUUUGAAAAUGUUUUCGUUUUUAAACAUCCCACAAAAACAA